AUGCAAUAGGAACCAUCCUAAAAAGCUAUACGUUAUGAUUUGUUACCUUAGUGUUCUAUUAAGUAAAAGAGUUAUUGUCGAGCUAUUGCCAUUAACAAUAAUAAUAGUCUUCUACUUGCAGGAAGUUAAUCGAUUAUAAAAGUAUACCAAUUCAAUUAAGGAAUGAUGAAAUGUAUUCAAUAUUUGAAUAAACAUGAAAAAAUUGUUACUACUCUCAAUUUUUUUAACUAAGGAUAUUUCAUUUCAGGAUCAGAUGAUGGUUCAAUCAUCAUGUGGUAAAAAAAUUUAAUUUCUAAAGCAAAAUAUAUACAAUCAUUGAAAAAUCAUUCCAAAAGUAUACUUUGUGUGAUACUUAACAAUAAAGAAAAUCUAAUAGUGUCAGGAAGUUAUGAUACUACAAUCAAGUUUUGGAAUCUUCCAUUUAAAAACUUAAAUUAAUGGUCAUGUACGUAAACCCUUUCAGUCCAUACAUAACCUGUAUAUGGAUUAAGCAUGAAUGAAGAAUAAACUAAAUUGGUUUCUUGUGGAUAUGACUCCAUAAUAUUAGUUAUAGAGUAUUAAGAGAAUUUAUCAACGUGGAUGAUUAAAUAGAAUAUAAAAGUUGAUUUAUGGGGUUACAGAGUGUGCUUUAUAAAUAAUAAUAUGUUUACAUAUUAACCCUAGUUAUCUACUUGCCUUUACAUAUUUUUAUUAGAUUAAAAAUCAUAAACUUACUUAAAAUCUUACAAUCUGGCUGUUAAAGAUGGAGGCUCAUUCUGUUCUUCACUUUUCCCAUCAACAUUUAAUUAAGAAAAAAAUAUUAUAUUAGAUAAAAAUGGAUGUCAUCUAAAUUUGAUUCGAUUAACUAAAAACAAAAAUAAACUAGGAAAUGAAGAAUAAAUAUUAAAAUUAGAAUAAUCAAUUAAUUUAGGAACAGAUUUGUAUGGCAUAGCUAAUAUUUUUGGAACAAUGAGUAAAGAUGGUAAUUACUUAAUAUCAUGGGAUGCAAGGACUGAAUAAAUUUAAGUUCGAUUGUUUAAAGGGUGA